CUAAAGGUCUGUGAACCUGCGCAGCUAAAGCAACACUCAGGAGCAGCCGUGUGGGUCCUUCACAACACGACGUAUCUUUUUGAAACCGGAAGUCAAACUGCUUCGCGUUGCAGCCAUUUGAACCUAAUUUUGUCCGUUUAUGGUUGUUCACUUCAAGUGUUAAGAUGCUGUCUAUAUUCAAGUCCAUUCCCUCGCACAUGGAUUAUAAAGGCCAGAAACUGGCGGAACAGAUUUUCCAAGGAAUAAUACUCAUCUCAGCGGUGAUUGGAUUUGUGUAUGGUUUGAUCAUUGAACAGUUUGGAUGGACAGUGUAUAUUGUCCUGGCUGGUUUUGCUGUGUCCUGUGUGUUGACGCUGCCUCCAUGGCCUAUGUACAGAAGAAGUCCUCUGUCCUGGCAGCCAAUGCUACCAGAGACCUGCGGGGAGCCCAGCCAGAAACCUCAGGAAACUCUUAAGAAGAAGAAACACAAAUAACUCAGAACUAUCCUUGCACGGCUGUUCAUACAUCCUUUCUAUCGGAGGCUAGCUUUUGUUUUACAGUUCACACAUCGAAGAGUUUGGAAGGAAAAAUGAUCUACAGUACUUGUCAGUCAAUAAUGGGUCCAAAUAAUAAACAUCUGAUACUCCCUGUUUUAUUAAUGGGUGUUCUA